GAAAGUUUGAUGAGGGUUUAAAUUGUUAGUAACCUCAUUGAUCCGGGGAAUUAUGUAAUUUUCCCAAAUAAUAAUAAACGCUAAGCUGGGUCCUCUUUCCUCUCCGUUUCCCAAAUUCAAGAAACAUUGAUAUAGCCAUAGCCAUGUUAGGGUUCAAACCUCUCAUACGCUCACCAAUUUCAUCAAUUUCAAGGCCUAUCUUCCACUUCACCUCAUUUCCUCUCAAAACCCAACUCAAGUUUUCCAAAACCCAAUCAGGAUUUAUUCUCUUUGCACAAAAUAACAGCAAUAAUAACCAAAUCCAAGAACCCAGCAACCAAGAACAGCAACAAAAUAAUGGGUCACCUAAAAAUAGCGGUGAUGCUGAUAACGAUGAUGACUUGAGAGGAAGUCGAAAUUCCUUGUUUAAUAUCAAGUUGGGUGAUCUAUUACUUGACCCAGAUCCUGAUAAUAUCUUGGCUGUUGGAUUGACUGGUUUACUUGCUUGGGCAAGUGCUCAAGUUCUUUGGCAGCUAUUUGUUGUUUCCUUUGCAAUACUUGUUGCUGCUCUUAAAUAUUCUUUUAUUGCUGCACUCCUUGUUUUCAUUCUCAUCACUCUUCUUUAAUGUAAAUUUCUUUUAAUUUUCUUUUUAA